AUGUCUAACGUCUAUGAAGCAAUCAAAAGCCUUAAUUUCACAAUAGAGGAAAGAACUGCUCUACGCACCUUCUUCAUUAACAAUCCAGAAAAAAAAGCUGAAACGGAACUCAUCCUUCCUACCUGUAAUGAUGAAGAGGUAGUUGCUUUAUUGAAAGGUCUCCUAAAGCCUGGGUUGCCAUAUGUGAAACCAAAACCUUUGCUUUACACUUCUGGUGCUAAUUGGGAAUAUCAACCUGACCCAUCUUUGAAGCUGAUUUUGCGAAGGGAGCUUAAAAAUCAUUAUGAGAAUUUUAUUUUAGGGCGUUUUGACAAAUUGAAUCUUCCGCUAUAUCUCUUCCUUUCUGGAGCUGGUACCGGAAAAUCUCGAAACGCUAAUGAAUUCCACCAGACGGCAAUCACAUGUUUGUCAGCUCAAGAAGAUGAGGAGCUGUUGACUAGGAUUAAAGAAGCUUGGGUAUUCCAUGUCACCUAUGAGAAUGGCUUUGACUUACGAGAAGAUGAAUCUCGCCCUUAUCAUGCCAUUGGUACCCGUAUGCUAUUUCAACUUCUCAGAGAGAAAAUGACGCUUAAUAAAAUUAUCGAGACAUACGAGCCACCAGAUCCGUUGGAUGUUGUGACGUUGAUUGCCAAACAUUAUAACCGAAACUUGAAAGACAUUACAGUCAUUUUGGUUGUUGACGGCAUGCAACAACUUAUGCAGAACAAAGAUGAUGGUUUAAAGUUAGAUUCUCGGUUUUACAUGACUAUGACAUCUGUCGCUGAUCUUGCAUUUAGUGGCAUUUUCGUGAUAUCCGUUUGCACCUCAACUAUCACUGGGCCGAUUGAUGGUAUGUUGAAAUAUUCAAGGCGGAAACGUGUAUGCCUACCGGUCACCUCUCUACAGCCCCCAAGCUAUCGAAAAGGAGAUAGUUUGGUCCCAGUCUUUAAAAAUGAUGAGAUUUCUAAUAUUCUCGUGGAAGACUGUGGAGGGCAUGGAAGGGCUCUAGAAGUUCUGAAUGAAUGCUUGGCUGGUCAUAGCAUUGAAGAAUGCAACGUCAAUACUUUGAUGAACGAUCUGCGCCAUAACCUUACUGAAAGAUACGGUGAUGAUAUUUUUGGUUCUGUUGAAGAUGCUAGGCCAAUCGCACGAGCAAUAUUGACUCGACGUCUCUUAGAUAGAUAUAAACCUAUUCCCAAAACUAACAAAACACCAGACGAAUUUGUUGGAAGUGGAUUGAUUCGAUUCGAACCAUUAAAAAGUAGUAGGCAAAGGGGAUUUAUCACUGCACCAUACAUCUGGCUUUGGAUAUUUGUGGAGAUUUCUCGUGAAGGAGGGGAUCCAUUACUUCGAGAUUGGGAAUUUGAUGAUUAUGGGGAGCAAAGAGCACUUCUGAAUCCAAUAACAUCAUUGCAACCUAAGUCAUGGCAGAGUUUUGAAAGAUUUGUUGCGUCAUUUCGUUGUAUAAAGUCAGCCGUAAUUGAAGAGGAUGAACUAAUAAACAUCUCAGAGGUUCACGGAGGAGCACGUUUGAAUGGUGAUAUCGAAUUUAAAAACCACAAUCUACGACUUGAAAUUGCAAAACACCAUACAGACACAAAAUCUAAAAAUCUCACUGCAAACGUUGAAUGCUAUAAUUCCACCGUUGAUGUCCGACAGUUCAAACAUUGUAUCAUUAAUGCCCCAUCUUCACCAUAUGGAGAUUCAUUCCUUUCAUUAGAUCAACCGGGUACCGAGAGUCCGAAUGAAGUCCACCAAUUUAAAUUACGAAAAAAAGCGGUCAGUAAAAAGGAGUACCAAGAGGAACGUGAAAAAUCAGCAUCGGAAAAUGAUUUUUUCAUCCUCUUUACAACUGCAAAUUGCAACAUUGAAAUUCCGAAAAG